AUGUCUGCCUCCAUUUAAUAUACGGAAUUCUUCUUUUAAGAAUUGAAAACUACUACCUUUAGUGUGCGUGCUGACAGCUACACUUUAGGAGAUUGUUCAUUAAUAUGCUCUCCAGUUCAUUUAGAGUAGGAAUUUCAAUAAAGAGGAUAAACACCGGAAUUAGAUUCAGAAUGGCUGCCAUCAUUCUCAAAAUUUGCAAUUACUAUACAACUUUUCUACUUUUGA